AUGACCUCAAAGUGGCCUCGACGUGUCUACACGGAGGAUGAAAUGGCAAAUGCUAUAUUGGACAUCACAAAAAAUGGCUUGUCGCAGUAUCGCGCUGCCCAAAAGUACUACAUACCUCAGCAGUCUAUUUCCAACAGACUCAAAGGCCAAGCAGCCUUGGCUGAUCAAAUCCAGCCUCAUAAACUCUUGAGUAAGACUCAGGAGGCUAUUCUGGUGUCCUGGAUCCUCCGUCAAGAGUCUCUCGGCUAUGCUCCCUCUCACAGUCAGAUCCGCGCCUGUGUCGAAGCUCUUAUGAGGCAACUGAACAACGAGCAGACAGUGGGCCGCAAUUGGGUCGCCAAAUUCAUCCAUCGCCACCCGGGGAUCAAGAUCAAGCGUGGAAGACGUCAGGAAGCCAGUAGAUUUAACGCUUUCACGCCUCAGGCGGUUCACUGGUACUUCGAUAUCAGGGAAAAGGAGUAUGGAUGGAUUAAGCCGGAGAAUACCGUGAAUGUUGACGAAAGCGGUAUUAUGUCUGGCUUUGGUUUGGAUAGCCUUGUGGUUGGGAGUGCGGACCCAAAACGGAAGGCCCUUCUGAAAGGACCACAGUCCCGCAACUGGACCUUGUUUAUUGAAGCUAUCACUGCAGACGGCCGCGCCCUUACUCCUGGCAUUAUUUUCAAGGGCAAAGAACUCCAGAAGCAGUGGUUCUUGAAGGAAUUCGGCAAAAUAGCCGACUGGCAGUAUAUAACUUCGCCUAACGGGUGGACAGAUAACCAUAUUGCUAUUGAGUGGCUUGAGAGGAUGGACAUGGAAGCCAUGCAACGGAUGCAUGGAUGGCCACGUGCUUUUUGA